AUGCUGGCAUCCAAGUAUCUGAUCCUGAUCGCGGCCCUUUCCUGCUGCCUGAGUGGCGUCCUUGCUGUGACCUGCGAAGCCGACCCCACGGCCGCCGAUUGCAUCGACUGCUCCACUGACACCACCGAUUCUGUAGAAUGCACCACCACGACCACAACGACGACUACGACAGUGGCUCCUACCAGUACCUCCACCACAGUGGCACCUGUUGCUGCUGCCACCACAAAGAAAGGCAAUCAGAAGAUAGUUCGGGUUAAGAACAUGAACUUCAAGGUUACGCGGAAGAUUAAGGUCAACAGAUCGGGCUAA